CCGGCCAAGUUUGAGGCUGGUUCUCAGAAUUCUGCGUCUCUGGAAGGGACUGGGGGGGUCCAGCUGGAUCUCUGCCCCCCACCCUCCCCAGCUCAAAGCACCCCACACCUGCUGGCAGGGACAACGGGCUCCCCCCACCCCGUCAUCCCUGCAGGACAGGGGAGCCAUGGCUAGGCCCAGCCCCGCCGGCUACGUCCGCGAAUUCACCCGCCACUCCAGCGACGUCCUGGCGAACCUGAACGAGCUGCGCAAGCGACAGAUCCUGACGGACGUCACCUUGAGGGUGGGGGGCUGCCCCUUGCAAGCCCAUAAGGCUGUCCUGACCGCUUGCAGCGGCUUCUUUUAUUCGGUUUUCCUGGGCCACGGAGGCCACGAAGUCCGGGUGCUGACCCUCCCCAGCUCCAUCGAGCCGGUGGGCUUCCAAGCCCUCCUGGAUUUUAUGUACACUUCCCGCCUCCUGCUCAGUCCGGGCACGGCGCCCGCGGUGCUGGUCGCCGCCUCUUAUUUGCAGAUGGAACAUGUAGUCCAGAGCUGCCACCGCUUCCUCCAAGCCAGCUACGACCGGCUCACCUUCCUGCUGCCCCCUCUGGACCCCCAGACCCAAAUAUUCCGGCCGCUGGAAGACGAAGCGUCAUUGCAACGAGGCUCCAUCGCAGCCCUCUUUCCCCGAGGGGCCACCACCGAAAGGGCCCCGCAGCCGGCAUCUUUUCGGGCCCCGGAGAAGGAAUCAGGAACCAUCAGAUCUCCGGGAGUCGGGGAUCUUUUCCCGGUGGUCCACCCGGCCUCCCCCGCCGAAUCCAGCGGCUGCACCCCGAUCCCGGACCCCAAAAUCUGCAACUGGAAGAAGUACCGCUUCAUCGUCCUCAACUCCACGCUGCACCAGACGGAGGGCAGCCCAUCUGGCGAGGCGGGACAGCCCGGCAGUUCCGGAGAAGGAAGCCCCGCCCCCAGGACGCCUCCGACUGACCUCCGGUGCUCCAGUUGCAACCUGGCGCCCCCCGCACUGUCUUCUCAGCCCCCCAAGGGUCUGUCUGCCCAAAGGGGAGACGACUGCAGCCCCGGCAGUGGAUCCUCCAGCUGCCAGGCCUAUGAUCUGCACUAUCUCCGGGAAGAGGACGAAGAGGAGAGAGGCAGCCUAGCCCCAGGACCGGGUGCAAAUGAGAAACCUUACAAAUGCCAUUUCUGCAGCUCUGCUUUCCCUUGCAAGGGGAGCCUGGCCAGCCACCGAGCCUUGCACGCAGGGGAGAAGCCCUACCAUUGCGGGAUUUGCGGGGCCCAGUUUAACCGGCCGGCUAACCUCAAGACGCACUUACGCAUUCACUCCGGAGAGAAACCCUACAAGUGCGAGAUGUGUGGGUCUUGUUUUGUACAGGUGGCGCAUCUCCGAGCCCACGUCUUGAUCCACACGGGGGAGAAGCCCUACCCGUGCGGCACCUGUGGCUCACGUUUCCGACACCUGCAGACCCUCAAAAGCCACCUCCGCAUCCACACCGGGGAGAAACCUUAUCAUUGCCAGGAGUGCCGCCUGCACUUCCGCCACAAGAGCCAGCUGCGCCUCCACCUGCGGCAGAAACACGGCGCCGUCACCAACACCAAGAUCCGCUACCAGGUGCUGGACGGCCCCUUCGCCCCCGUCUGCUGAAGCCGGGAAUCCUUGUCAUCACAAACCACAAUUGCUGGUUUCCAGGCCAGGAAAGGAUCCGAUGCUCCCGUCUUUCGCGAACGCAGAAAUCCCUCUCUGAGUCUCCCUUUUCCACCUUCCACCUUUGCAAUGCAGGUAGUCCUCGACUGACGACCGUUUGUUGAGUUAGCGUCCAAAGUUACUGAAAAAAAAUGACUUAUGCAACCGUUAUUCAUGCUUACAACCGUUGCAAAAUCCCUACGGUCAAAAUUCAGGCGUUUGACUCGUAUUUACGACGGUUGCAACAUCCAUCGUUCCCCUUUUGCGACCUGACCUUCUGACCUUGCCAAGUCAAUUGAGGAAUCUGGCUUCGCUUAAUGACCGGCUGAUUCGCUUAACAGCCGCAAAGAUUUGCUUAACCGCAGCGAGGAAGAAGAAGGUCACAAAGCGGGGCGCGACACGCUUAACAGCCAGAGUGAUUGGCUUAACCGUCGUGGCAAAGCAGAUGGCAAAAUUUGGGCGUGACUCACUUAGCGACCGCCUCACAUAGCAACGGACGUUCUGGUCCCAAUUGAGGUCGUAAAUCCGAGGAUUACCUGCAUGUUUCCAGAAGGUGGGGAAGGGGAGGGGUCAAAAAAGACCCCCAUUAUUAUUGCUCCCCUAUUUCAGCACCUUGCUCUAAAUCUGAUUCUUUCCAGCUGCAACUACAAUUCCCAUCUUCCUCAUUGCUGGUCGGUGGGGGAUGAUGGGAAUCGCAAGCCUAACAUUCUUGGGGGAGGCUGUCCCAGAAUUACCCCCUCCCCACUCCCACCAUCU